GUACUUUUAGGCGAUCGUGAGUUGGCUUGUGCGGUAUUCUAACUUGCACGUGCGUUGUUUAUCGCGCCAAAUCGUUGUCCCCGUCUUGGCGGUAUAACUUAACCGUGAACAGACUUCGGCUGCUCUGCGACAUUCGGGGAAUUUCAUUUGGACCCGUUCUUUGCCGAGCUUGAAGGAUGGGAAGACGCAGAAGCAAGCGAAAGCCGCCUCCGAAGCGCAAGAACAUCGAACCACUGGAGACGCAGUUUAACUGCCCCUUCUGCAACCACGAACGGUCGUGCGAAGUCAAAAUGGACCGGCAACGGAAUACAGGUCGAAUCACCUGCAGAGUAUGCCUGGAAGAUUUUCAGACGGCGAUAAACUACCUCUCGGAAGCCAUCGAUGUCUACAGUGACUGGAUCGAUGCCUGCGAGAGCGCAAACCAGUAAGGCAGGAAGGACCCCCCCCCUGUCCAUCAUGUACAUAUUGUCCAUAAGAAUCACAGGUGGAAAGGAGUGUCAUCGGAGCGUGCUUGUCCGACCACAAUGUGUGUGCGCGUGUGCAAGAGCUUCCAUCUCUCAGUGUUGUGUCGUCGUCCCACCAAGCGGUGUGCGGACCACAAGCAAGACCCCCCUUCCCGGAGCCAUUGGUGUUGUGCCCAUUAGCAUCUGUAACGCAGUGCCCAGAAGCACAUGUAGUGCUACUUCUCUUCAUUUCGUGAUAUGCUACAGUCUCUCUUGUAAUGUUUGAUGGUUGGGGAAACCAAUUAAAAUCUGUUUUAUGUUGC